AUGCUUUAUUCAGGUGCAUCACACGACAGAAAAACACGAAAAGCUCAUGGUGUGGCAAUCUGUCUCAACCCGAUUGCCACAAAGGUUUGGAAGGAUUCAGGGAGUGAAUGGGUACCAAUAAAUGAACGAAUUAUAAAAAUUCGACUCUACUGUGCACCAGUACACAUCACUGUUAUUGCAGUCUAUUCUCCUAUCAAUCCAAUAACUAAACAAAUGAGUGAUGAAAGUGAUAAAUUCUAUAACGAUCUACAAGAUACAUUGAGUGAUGUAUCAACAAAAGACAUGAUCAUCAUUAUGGGUGAUCUAAAUGCAAGAGUUGGCGAUAAUAAGCAAAAACGACAUCAACACGUGAAAAGAAGCGGUAUAGGACCAUUCACAGUCGAUAUAGAAAACGAAAACGGGGCAAAACUUAUCGACUUCUGCGAGAUUAACAACAUCAUAAUCUCUAACACAUUUUUCGAGCAUAAAUUAAUGCAUCAAACAUCGUGGAUGCAUCCAAGAAAUAAAAAAUGGCACAUGAUUGACUAUGCACUUGUAAAUAAAAAGUUCAGAUCAAGUGUUGAAGAUGUUCGAAUGCUAAGAGGGGCAACAGGUGCGAUAGGGACCGAUCACCAUCUAAUGCGUGUCAAAAUUAAAAUACAUCUGAAAAGCAGAAAGAAAAAUGCUAACAAGAAGAAAAUAAACGUCGAUAGUACUAAGCUAAAAGAUGACCAAUUACUAGAGGCGUUUCAAAAAGAUCUUCAAAGCAUAUUGGCUGAUAAGGCAAAAGAUGACGGAAUUAGCAUUGAUCAGAGAUACGAACAAUUUUUGUCGCAAAUACAAGAAAAGGCUAAAUAUCAUUUUCCUGUAGACAAAAAUACAAACCGAAAAAGGAAAGAAUGGUUAACAAACGAGAUCCUAGAAGUUAUUGACCAAAAAUCAAUAGCCUUUGUUGAAUGGCAAAAUAAUCGUGGCUCGAGUAUGGAGUUCAAAUGUCAUAAAAACUAUAAACGACUCAGAAAAAUAGUAAAAAAAAUGACAGAACACCGUCAAGAAAUAUACUGGGAUGAACUAUGCGAAAACAUAGAGAAAUCGAUCAAAAAUAAUGAUCCUAUGACGGCUUUUUCCAUUAUUAGACGUCUCAGAGGAGGAAGUAAAAGAGACGAAAACAUGCCAGUACAAGAUAAAAGUGGUAAACUACUGGUAAAUUCAAGAGAUACCUUGAAUCGUUGGCGUGAAUUUUUUUAUGAUACUCUCAACGUAAACUCAUCUAUUGAUCAAAAUCUUAUUGAUCUAAUCGAAAUUCCGACUCUAUCAAUAACAGAAGAGCGGCGGCAAAAUGCUUCACUGUCUAUUGAAGAAGUGAGGAAAGCAUUAAGUCAGAUGAAGUCUAGGAGAGCUCCAGGUAGUGAUGAAGUUACAGUUGACAUCCUAAAAGCUGGUGGCGAACCAAUAAUACAUUGGCUGUUCAAAUUCUUUACUGACAUAUGGAACAGCGAACAGAUGGUAAAGGAAUGGAACAUGACAACCCUAAUCAAACUGUACAAAAAUAAAGGUGAUAGGAAAAUUUGCGACAACUAUAGAGGUAUUGCAUUAUUGAAUACAACUAGCAAACUGUUCUCGCGUAUUAUACUUAAUCGUAUACAGAAUCUAAUAGAUGGCCAACUAUUAGAAAUACAAUCUGGUUUUAGGUCAAAUAGAUCGACUAUAGAUCAGAUAUUCACUUUGAAAAUGACAAUGGAAAAAAGAAAAGCAUUCAAUAAGCCAUUAUUUAUGUGCUUUAUUGAUAUCACGAAAGCCUAUGACUCGGUCAAUCGUGAACUCUUAUGGAAAGUAUGUCGUAAUUAUGGCAUUACUGAUAAAUUGGUUAACCUAUUAAAAAUGCUAUAUAAAGAUUCAAUAGCAAAAGUCAAAAUAAAUGGGGAAAUGUCGGAUAGUUUCGAAAUGAAUACAGGUGUGAUGCAAGGAGGUAUUCCUUCUCCAAUCUUAUUCAAUAUUCUAUUCGACUUCAUCAUAAAAGAAGUCAUUAGUGAAGCUGCGAUAUCAGGAGUAAAAUUUUCAUAUGGCAGUAAUGAUUUCUGUCACGGGAAAAACGAAAAACAUGUUGACUUCGAUAUUUUAGCAUUAUUAUAUGCAGAUGAUCUCGUUGCAAUGUGUGAAAAGAUCUCGGUCGUAGGAAGUGAGCCAAAGGCGUGA